UUAAUCCAUGUUGUGUAGGUUACCUGUGUUUCACGAUUUUUAUACGUAUAGUGCAUUUUUGGUGCUUCAAUAAUAUCUUCAACAGCAAACAUCUACGCCUGUUUUAAAUUAUCGGUAAUUUGUGAUACUUUGAAGACAACUCAUUGUAUGGAAGCCGAAAGUGAGCCACAUGGUUUCCUAGUUAUAAUUUGUAAAUAAAUUAAUAGAAGGUGUGGGCAGCUGAUUUUUGUGCUUUCGAGUGAUCUGCUAUAUGGACUAUUUAUGAAGAUACUUCCCUUUCCUCGGCUAUUGGCAUUUCCAUUACCCACCUCGUUUGGACUUACGAAAUUAAUUGUUUUGCUUUCUUUAGAUGGUAUCAGUAUUGUGUUUUCCAAUAAGAUCGUUCAAACUUUAUUUUCGCUUGAAAAUUGAACUAGACAACAAUAUAUCUGCUAGUGUUAUAUCACCUAACAUUAUCCUUUGAGUGGUGUCAAACAAAGUUUCAUACGUCAAACGUUUUAUAAGUGACUAGUAAAAUUGUUGACACUCUUAAAAGUUUCUCAGAGAUGUGUUUAUUCAGUAGUGAUUCCUGAGUGUUUAAACUGCCCAUAAAUAUCGAAUAUUUUACGUUACAUGAAUGAUAUACUUCUGCAAAUUGGAGUGUAAAUGACCUUGACGCAAAUAUUACACCCAUUUUAAAAAAUAAGGUUAGGUUCCACUUCUGCUUCAACAAUCACCAUAUUUAAUACCAUGCAUGGUUACACGUACAUGAAUGGGGAUCAUGAGAUAGUUUCCUCGGGGGUGGUGGACAGCGCCACCCCAGGAGCUGCCAUGGAUACCCAUCCGGAGUGUUCUGCUAUUAAUGGGGUAGCAGAGGGAGCUGAGGGAACCAGCUCAAUUCCCCCCUCAGCUCCCCAGGACGCUGCUUCCCAGUCAGCCUAUUCCUUGCUGGAGCUAAAGCAGAUGCUUUCACAGCAAUUAGAAUAUUACUUCUCUAGAGAGAAUUUAGCAAACGACACAUACCUUUUGUCGCAAAUGGACAAUGACCAGUAUGUGCCGAUUUGGACAAUAGCGAAUUUCAAUCAAGUAAAAAAGCUCUCCAAGGACAUUAAGCUGAUAACAGAAGUAUUGCGUGAAUCACCCAACGUUCAGGUAGACGAAGAAGGAAUCAAAGUUCGUCCUAAUCACAAACGGUGUAUCGUCAUAUUGCGCGAAAUUCCAGACACUACCCCAGUAGAGGAUGUCAGGAACUUAUUUUCUGGAGAGAAUUGCCCCCGCGUUGUCUCUUGUGAGUUCGCUCACAAUAGCAAUUGGUAUGUGACUUUUGAAUCGGACGAAGACGCCCAAAAAGCAUAUGGAUAUUUAAGGGAGGAGGUGAGAGAAUUCCAAGGGAAGCCGAUCAUGGCCAGGAUAAAAGCCAAACGGAUGAAUAGGGUGACUGUACCGCCUGUAAAUGCAGUAAAAAACGGGUUCAGGGUUCCAACAGCAUCUCCUACUGCUGUAUACGAUCCAUCGGCCUUCCCUCCUGGUCAGCAGAGGUUCCUUUAUGCAAACGGCACUCCGGGGCAACCUGUCCCCGCCUACAACCAUGUUUUAUAUCCUCCUUACCCUCAGCAGCAGUACUUUACGUCAUUACCUUGGGCUCCAGCUGCUGCAGGUUUUUUUGACCUGAGCAACGUGUUUAAUGCUAACGGACUGUCUCCCCAAAACUUCAAACACUCCCAUUAUCGCACAAAUCAAAACAGAUCUCGCAAGCAAUCGAGAGGUGCAGUACAUAGUGGUGGCGACCAAUCUUCACAGGGUUCCUCCCAAGGUGGCAACGGAAACAGUGGAGGACAAGGCGGCUCUAGAUCGUCAACUUCUCACCAAGGUAAUCGUUCAAAUUCUCCGCAAACAGCAAGUAACAAGUCCAGUUCCGCCAAAAGUUUGGAGGGGGCCAUUCCGAAAAAUAGCCACCCUCACAUUUUAAAUGAUGAUAUUCACAUAGCAAGCAACACUGUCCCGAUGGCCAUACCGAUUAUGCAUCCAGAAAUGAUGGAUAUGUACAGGUAUAUGCAAGUUCCUGUAUCAACGAAAGAUGUAGUCGCUCCCAGACACCGAAGGAAAAAGCGUGAUGAAGAAAACGGUACAAAUGGACAGUCAGUUCAAACACAGGCUAAUGAUACUGCCGGCACGAGAGAUGCUCAGUUUGAUUUGAUGCAAGCUGCCUUUCCACCUCUACGAGGUGGUAGAGUAAAUGGCCGUACGAAUGUUACAAGACUGGAUGCCGGUAGUCAAGCGACCCCAAAACAAGCGACCGUAGCUAAUUCCGUUGCAGAAGCAACUCAGCCUUCUUUGCCCGAGUCCCCGCAGGGGCAAGGACUUUGGGGGGAGAAUAGACUUUCCGACGUCGUCAAAGGAAUGACAAAGCCCAAAAGAAAUGGUAGCAGUAAGGGUUCCAGCAGCGGAGGAGAUAACGACUCUCCUAGAGCUGUUUCCCCUCAGACUUAUUCAAAGUGCAAUCAGACGGUGAGGCAACCGUCGACAGAUAUGCCAGAACUCAGGGAUGCUUCGACUGAGAGUGCAGACGCUCAGCUGAGCUCUGUUACGAUGACGCCUCCUAGUUCUCCAGAAGAGUUAGUAACGGCUCUCCCCAUCAAAUGUACCAUGGCAGACAAAUCCACUAAAACAGAUGAUGUCCUACUCAAUGGUGAUUUGGACCUGCCCUGUCCUACCACUACAAACGCUGCCACUAUGACUACAGUUGUGCCAACCGAAGCCCCGUCCCGUUCUGGGGCCGUCGUGACCGCUACUUCCGGUACGAAGAAUCAAGUAUCAGUGCACAGACAAGAUUCUAGAUCAGAAGCAUCUAAGAAUGUGUCAAUAUCGCCUCCACCUGCUCAGGACUUUUCUGGUAAUCCACCUCGCAUGAGCUACGCGCAAGUGGCUCAACAUUUCAAGGAAGCAAAUGCUCAAAAAGAAAAACAAGCCAAGGAAAAACAAAUCGAGGCGCCAGCAGCCCCAGUUUCACAAACAAAACCAGCCCCACUGAUAACAAAUCACAAUAAUGGCAGCAAUGUCGUUCGGGCUCAACCUGAACGUGAGAAUAGAGAUUCCAGAGAUAACGGUCAGCAACGAGCAGAAUUGGGAGGGAAUCAGCACCGGUUCAACGGGACUAACCGCGGAGGCGGCUCGAGGCCCGCUUAUGACAGGUCUCAACGCAGGAGGACCGACACCAGGACGUCUCAGCUUCGCGAUUUUGUGAACCCCCGCUCACCCAAGUAACACGCCGGGGGAGGAACUGCAGUGCGAACGACAUGAACAGUGCGUAGAAGGGUGUCGUCGCAAAAAAUAUUUAUUGAACGGUGCGUGAGGUAUAAUACUGCCCCAAAAAACUAAUUGGCAUUUAGGUGUACGUGUGUACAUUAUGAUUUCACUUCUAUUGUGCGAGUCAUAUGUUCCUAGCCGACUGUUGAAUAUUGAUAUGUUUAAAACAAAUUUAAAUAUUAGUGCUGUACGAUGCAAGUUGCACGACUGUGAUUGGCCCAUUCUGUCUUUUUGUUGAUGCGGCUUCCUUGAACUCUCUUAACGUCUCUCCAUGUGUACAGGCUAAUGUUGAAAGAUUAUUUUUGACAAAUGAUUCAUUACCAUUUUAUCGUAUAAGCUGUAUAGAGGGAGUGUAGGACUAAUGUAUAUUAUUGUUGGGUUUUUUAAAACUAUUUUGGUUGCGCAUUCCUCUGUUGCUCAGUCACGUGCGGGAAUUUUUUUCAUUGUUGCCUGCUGGACGGCCUGCCGUGUUUGUGGAAGAGGAUUUACCGACUUUGCCUUGUCGGUAUAUUCAUUGCACUGUUCGAUGAGAGUCUCUUGUAAAUAAAAUACUCUCGAUCGACAGCUCCGCUAGACAAAUUAUUUAAUAAAGGAUGCGCUAAAAUGUCAGGGUCAUGUUGGAAAACUUUCUUGUUGUUCAUUUCUCAGAAGCUUUUAUUUUUCGUGUAAGGAGGUGCAUUGUCUAUAGCCCUGGAGGAAACAAUAUAAACAUAGUUUAUAUAAAGUCCACAAAAUCAUGUGACCUAUAAAACGAAACUAUUAGAUACAUAUAGCUUCAAGGUUCUUUACUAUGUACGCCUAACAAAUCAUACAAAUCCUUAAAAAUUGUUUAGGUUCGAAUGACUUCAAAUUUUUGUCAUUACAUUUUCUAUAUUCUCAACACUUUAAGCAUUCAAACCACCUAUGUCAACUUAUCAGGCUAUCCAUAAACAUCAACAUUUGAAAUUUGAUUAUCAAAUUUUGAGUUACAAACAAUGCACUUUUUAUGAAGUAUCCUAAUUUUCUGAGAAGUCAAUGAUGAAGUUUUCCAUACGGUAAAGAUUUGUGGAGGGCACUGUAUAAAUGAAGAAAAAAAUUUAUUUUGUAAAAUUGAUGGGUAUUGAUAUUUGCAUGUAUAUUGACUGAAUGUGAAGCGUUCUCCGACACAUGAAAACCCUGCUGGUUUUCACCGGUGCGCCUGCAUAUCACAUUACUGGCGCCCAACGUGGGGCAUCUUUAUCCAAAUUGGAUAUUUUGUUUUUCUGUUGAAUUUUUAGUUGGUAAUUUCGCAAUAUGGACAUUUAAGGCUCACCAUUCCGUGAUAACCAAAGGCUACAUUGGAACAUUUCACAUUAUUCUCGGGUAUCUCCAAGGCAGCUUAUACUUUUUACAGGUUUGUUUGGUUGGUAUCGCGGGUAGCAGUUCUCGCUUGUCCAUCAACGUGUCAGGGUCUGCACGAGGUGAGUGAUUGUAGCCCCUCGGCUAUGUGUUUUAUGCCUUAUCUUAUAAUCAAAAGUGGCAUGCUAAUAUUUCCCAGUGUACAGGAAAUUUGUGCGAAAUUUUAUAAUUUGACAAAUGACUUGAGCAUUUUUCAAGUUAACCAAGUUUUCACCUUCGGCUAUUUGAUAUAGUCACCUAGAACGUGUCCAAAAACUUGACGUUUAUCAGUAAGGCAUUCCAGUAUUAUGCGUUACUAGAAAUUAUGAUGUCGACUGAUAACUGGAAAAAACCUCUUGAUUGAAAUGUCUCGGAAAUUAUUGUUUUGUGUCCUCGGUUCUCCUCAAGCUCAUAGUUUCUGAGUCUUUCAAUAUUACAUUUUAUAUUUGUAAUAUAUUUCCGAUUCCAUUUAAUUUUCUGUCGAACUUUUUCCCUGAUGAAGUGGGGAAUGAUUACUGAUUUAUUUGCGAGAUUCAAUCACCCAGUAUAGUGAAUGGACUAAUGAUACAUUUUAAGUUGUAUUGUUACUUAUAGGCUGUGUAUGUACAUAACGAACUCACAGUGUCGGAGCAACGGUGUGGAUUGCGUGAUAUUUCAGUUAUCAGUAUGUAACUUACUUUAAGACUGUUUGCUGGCUACCUUGUAGAUUGUUAUUUUUGUUGUAUUAUGUUCUGAAACGCCGAGGUUACGCAUUCCACUGAAUCUGACUCACAUUUUGCUAUGAUAUAUCUUUAAAAAUGUUGAUGCUUGACGUGAAAGCAUUGAUAUCGGUGUUUGAGAUGCGACAUUACCAGUCGAAUAAGGUGGACUAGUUUUUGAAAUGUAUUCAAUAUUUCUUUCUGUUGAAUUGCUCACAGAGAUACUGCUUAAAUUUAUAAUUUUUGCAAAACGAAUAUAAGUUGGCACAUUUGCUGUCAAAACGUGUUCAGGUGUAUGAAGCCGGUUCUCACUUUGCGAAAUAGUCGCUCACUUUGUAAAUUGGUUUUUUGAGUUAUUCGUUCUGCCCCAAUUGGAAAAAAUUAUUCGGGAGACGUGGAACAUCCAAAACAAGUACUUUUUCCAAUCACCAGACGAGACCUAACCUAAUUUGCGUCUUCGGGAGAUGAAAAAGACGCCAACCUUGGUUGGUGAAACACUCAUCAAGAGUAUUGUAUUUCUGGUGAUUUGAAAAAGUGCCUGUUUUUGCAAGAGAAUCUAGUGUGAGAGGAGCAGAUAA